AUGCGUCUACCGACUGUCUUGCUCGCUGCUGCCACUUUUGCUACCCUCACGGCUGCUGAGGGCUUGAGCGUGUCUUUCCUCCCGCAAGAUCUUCCCAAGAAGGUCGCGACGUGCAAAGCGCUUAAUCGCGCCAGCCAGGAAGUCAAAGACAUCGGCAUCGACUAUGUCGAGGUCAAUCCAAACGCUGAGCGCACAGUCUUGAUGGUUCAUGGCUGGCCAAGCCUUUGGCACAGCUGGAAGUACCAGAUAGAAGAGUUCAAGGACGACUUCCGCCUCAUAGUGCCCGACCUACGUGGGUUCGGCCCAUCUGGGCAUCCCGGCGACGUCAAAUCGUCAGGCACCAUCCCCGACAUUGUCGGCGACCUCACAUGCGUCCUCGCGCACGCCGGAGUCAGCAAUGUCGUCUGCAUGGGACACGACUGGGGCACCUCCGUCUGCUUCCAGCUCGCGCGCCAGCGCCCUGACCUCGCGCUCGCCGUGCUCGGCUCCAUCAUACCGUACCUGCCCAACGCCGGCCCUUACGCACCCACCUCCGCGCUCGUCCCCGUCUUCCCGGAGCUCGCGUACCAGGUCUUCCUGGGCGAGACCCCCAAGGCCGCUGCAGACGAGCUCGACCGCGACAUACGCCGUUCGCUCCGAGCUACGCUGCGCACUGUAGACAGCCCGCCGCCGGAGGGCUUCUUGACGGAUACCCAUUCGUUCUUGUCUGCGUACGCCGAUAUCGCCGAGAUCCCGCCCAUCCCGUUCUUCACGAAAGAGGAAGAGGACUACUGGGUCGAGCAAUAUAGCAUCCAGGGCUUCUAUCACACCUUGCAGUUCUACACGCCAGACAAUCAGCACGGCACUUGGGCCUUUAUCGACGCCCAGGGCAACCGGACAAUCACGCAUCCAGUCCUAGCGAUCUACCCACUUAACGACCCAGUAGCGAACUGGGAAGAGGCCGCCAAGCUGCUCCACAGCGCCGACUACCUUCCCAACCUGACGACGCACCUCAUCAAAGGUGCGCACUGGGCGCAGCUCGAGAACCCGACGGCGUUCAAUGGCAUCGCGCGCCCGUGGCUCGAGGGCCUGCCGUGGGCGAGCAAAAGUCAGGAAGGCGUCCACGGGGGACGGCCCGCUGACGAGCUAUAA